GUAGAAAAUCUUCAAAUUAAAAUCAGUAUUUUGGUAACGAAACGACAAAAAACGAAGGAAAACAUAGAAAGCAAAAAAUGUGGUGUAAUGUAAAAAUAAUGAUGUUUUCCGUUAUUUUAAGCACUGAGAAGAAUCAGUGGCAAAGAAAACCCACAAAAAAGGUAGGAAAUACCAAUUAAACGUAGACAAUAGACGUAAACAAAACACAAUUAAAUACUGUUUGGUACGAGAUCUUGUAAACAAUACCGAAGCAUGGCAAGUGCGAAGUAAGCCGGAUAUCAUACACACACAAGAAAAUCAUAUUUGUUGUGAGGAAAAUGUUUUGACUUGAAGUGUUUACAGUGAAAAUUCUAAAGUGAAAUCUGCAAAUAUCGUCAUCGUCAUCAUCACAAUGGGUGCAAAUACGUCAAACAUGAAACAGGAGGAUCUCUCAUUGUUGUCAGAUGAAGAUGUUAACUUUGAUCACUUUCAAAUACUACGGAAUAUCGGCAAAGGCAGCUUUGGAAAGGUCUGUAUCGUGCAGAAAAAGGAUACCGGUCGGUUGUUUGCCAUGAAAUAUGUGAGUAGAAGUGCUUGCAUUGGCAGAGGUGCAAUUGGCGGCGUACUUAAGGAAAUUGAGCUACUGGCUUCGUUGGAGCAUCCCUUCCUCGUUAAUUUAUGGUUUUCGUUCCAAGACGAAGAAGACCUUUUCAUGGUGUGUGAUUUAUUAGCUGGCGGCGAUCUUCGAUAUCAUUUAAUACAAAAGGUCGAUUUUUCCGAAGCAAGUGUUGCCUUAUUAGUGUGCGAAUUAGGAUCAGCACUAGAUUACUUACAAACUCAACGGGUACUUCAUAGAGAUAUUAAACCAGACAACAUUUUAUUGGAUGAAGAAGGACAUGCACACAUUACGGACUUUAACAUAGCAACACGCUUGCAGCCAGACGGAUUAGCAUGUUCAAUGAGCGGAACUCUACCUUACAUGGCUCCCGAAGUAAUUCAAUGUGCUUUAGAUGAAAUAACGGGUUACAGUUACUCCGUAGAUUGGUGGUCGUUGGGUAUCGUGGCAUACGAAAUGCGUGCCGGCGUUCGCCCUUUCGAAAUUCACUCGCAAUCACCGAUUUCCGAAGUCAAGUCUAUUCUAAAUACGCAACCAAUUUUCCCCGCCACGUGGAGUGACAAUUUCAUCGAUCUCAUCAACAGAUUGCUGAAUGUCCAUCCAGGGGCACGAAUUACGUCAAAACGCGAAUUGCAUCAAACGCCGUUGUUGCGAAAAAUUGAUCCGAAGAAAAUCUACAACAAAGAGACGACACCACCGUUUAAACCACCUUCUAAUCAUCUGAACUGUGAUCCAUCAUUAGAGCUCGAAGAAAUGAUCGUCGAAGCUCGUCCGUUGCACAAGAAAAAGAAACGUCUUGCCAAGCAGCGUUCGUGCGGACCACGAGAAGGCAGCGAAGAAUACGAUCCGCAGCUCUUGAAGGAGUUUAUCGUCUACAAUCGCUACAAAGAACUGAAACGAAAAGCAAUGGAGGAGAAGGAACGCGAAUGGCAACGCGAACUCGAUAAUGCAAUGGCCAACUCAGAAGUCACGGACAGUCAACCCCAAUUAAAUAUUGUCAAUUCACAGGGAACAACAACCCAAUCAUCCUCCGCAAACACAACCGCAUCCACACAAAGCACGUCAACAUUUCAUCAUCAUGCACUUGACUACAUUGACAGAAGCCCAUCGCCUCAUUCCACGCAUCUUUAA